UCGGCCCAGUCUCCUGCCCUGAAAAUUUUCCGACACACGCCAUAGAUUAGCGCCUGGCGGAGAGGAGAGGGGUUAGAUAAAGCAGAAGUACACUCUUGCUUCUGCAAAUUGAAGGAGGAUGGCCCACGGCGGGUACGGGAAACGGAGGGUUAAGCCGGCGGGUGGGCGGCGGUCGAAGGGGCCGGCGGUGGAGAAGAAGCCUAAACCUAAGACCGUCUCUCUCAAGAACCAGAUUCGGUCCGUAGAACGCAUGCUCCGCAAGGAUCUCCCUCCUGAAGUCAGAGAGGCUCAAGAAAAGAAGUUAGAAGGAUUAAAGAAACAGCAGGAGAUUCAUACUCGUUUAGCUGUCGAAAAGAAGAUAUUUCUACGAGACAGAAAGAUCAAAUUUUUCGAGAGAAGGAAGAUUGAAAGAAGAAUACGACGACUUGAGAAAAUGCAACGCAGUUCAUCUGGUCCUGAACAGGAUGCAGAGAUCACUGAGCAGCUGGCUAAGUUGAAAGAAGAUCUCGAAUAUGUUAGGUUUUUUCCCAAGACAGAGAAAUAUGUAUCUUUGUUUACUGGAGACGAUGACUUGGAGGUGGUUGACCGGAGAAAUGGGUUGCGUAAGCAGAUCAAGGCGAACUUAAUUGCUGCUGCAGCUAGCGGGAAGGAUUUGGAAGAGACAGGCAGUGAAGAUGAUGGGCUUCUGGAUCUAAGUGAAGAUGAUUUCUUUAUGUCUGGAAGCUCAAGUGAUGAAGCUGAUGCAGAUGAUGAAUGGACAGAUAAGAGUGCAAGGGAGCAGGCAUCCAGUACUUCAGGAAAGGGGGCAUCGGGCAUGUCCAGUGAUGAGAGAAAUCAGAGGCAAACUUCUGCUAGAGCUCUGAUGCCUCCACCACGGCCAUCAAAUAAGUCAGUUUCGAAUUCUUUUCGUGGUAAAUCGAGGUUUGGUCCUUCCUCGAGCAGAAACUCAUCGAGCAAUCAGGCUGACGUGUCUACUUCUGCCAGCAACACCUCAAAUAGCAGGGGCAUCUCUUUUAAUGCUCGGGAAUCAUCAAACUCGAGGAUAGGAGGUCAUGCUAGCAAUUUGAGUUCCAACUCUGAUGCUCACAAACCAAGAAGAAAGAGAAGGCCGAAGAAGAAAAAGCAGCAGGCAUGAUUUUGAGGCAAUUUAACAGCUCAAACUGACUUUCUUGGUGAGUCGUUUGCACCAAAUAUCCUUAAUAGUUUUUUCUAGCUCAUACUGUGGCAAAGACCAUCUGUAAUCUGUUUAGAAUUCUGUGGUUUGACUAUCAAAAAGCUUUCUGUAUAUUGAAUGUUGAUCAUGAUUUUAUGUUUUUCAAGAAAAAGGGUUUCUCUCGAACGUUAAAUGUCUUCUCACUGGACAUUUAUUGCUGUUCACUUA